UGGGUUCCCCCUUGGCUCUGGGCAGAGAGCCUAGUCCUGGAUCCCUUCACCACCACCACCCAGGGGACCCCACUGACUUCCCGCCCCCGCCCCCAGCUCCCCUUCUCCGUGAUCGGCUCCCUGAACGGCGUCCACAUGUUUGGCUCUAACCUGGACGUGGCGCUGACAGCCGCCCGCACGGAGGGCACCCGCGUGCUGUGGAGGGCCUUUCAUGAGAGCAUCACCCUCAUUGUGAUUUCAUCAGAGGAAGGUGCUAGUGACUUCACCCUCAGCCGACUCCUGGACAACGUGUUCAGUGUCAUGGUGCUGGUGCUGGGCCUGGAGGAAUUGGCAAAUAUCCGCAAUGUGGAGCGCCUUAAAAAGGACCUGAGGGCCUGCUACAAGCUCAUUGACAGCUUCCUGAUGCCUGGAGAGCGCACUGGGGACCUGACGCACUGUGUGGAGUGUGUGCUUGUGCCCUGUAGCACCAUCCUGCAGGUCCCCCACCGUCUCCUUACCUUCCAGCUGCUGCCCGGCUUGGACAUCUGCCUCCUUUGUGGGCCCAGCCCCUCGCUGGAGGCUGUGGAGACUGAGCUAGUGCCACAGUUCUGGAAGCCCCUGCUGGAGCCUCUGCGGGCAUGUGCACGGCCCCCCAGUGUCCCACUGCACCCUGGAGUCCUGGCGUACCUGCUGAUCAACCACGAGCAGAAGCGGAGUCUGAGUGCAGUGCUGCCCAGAGGGGUUCAGGCAGAGGGCCCUGCACUGCCCCUGGGGAGUUGUGCUUCUGUCUUGAGGGCCUUCUAUGCCCUGGUAGUCUCACAUUACUUUCCCUGUGACGGGAGCCCAGUGCCCCCACUGGAGCUGCCCCUAGGUGGGGGUUCACAUAGUGCCCAGCACUGCUAUGUGGUCAGUGCUGGGUACAAGGCCUAUGCUGCCCAGGCACCCCCGCAUCAGCUUUUCCUGCUACUGGCACCCGAGGUUCCCACCUUUGCCCUGCGCCCACUGGCUACCCAUAUUCUGCAGUACCUGGUGGGGGAUGCUGCCUUUUGAUACCACCUGCCUGGACACCUGGGUCCCAUGGCUUGGCCAAGGGACUGAUGCCACCCGCCCAAAUGCCUGGGUCCUACAGCUUGGCAAUAAGAAACAGACUCCACGUGACCAGAUCCCUACAUGUCAAGAGAGCAC